GAGUGUGUUUCACUGCUGAAUGAUGUGAGAGAGAGCAAACUGAUCGGACUGGUGCAGCAGAACAACGAACAUGCGUUAUUCAUAUAUUCCCAUCGAAGAAUGGCCAUCACUGGUGAUGAUGUCAGACUGGAUGAAAUCAUACCCAUUUCUUAUGACUUCUCAGUUGUUGAAGUUUCAUCUCCAGAUGAGCUUGCUGUUGUUGGUGCAGAUACUCGGGUACGAGUAACUUUUUUUGAAGAGGAUUUGGAGCUGAAGUUACCCUUUGGUUCUCAUACCCGUCUCUUCCUCAGUGAAGUCAAUCGGGCAUGGAGUGAUGUCUGUGAGCAGUAUCCGAAGGAAGAACCAAAAUUUGACUGGCUCACUAAGUACCGUAAGAUGUCAAAAGGAGCUCGAUCACUAAGAAAGUCAAUUGGAGCAACGACUGUCAAGAUGAGACAAAUGAAGAAAUCAGAAAGAGCAGACGCAGCCAACAACAGCGGACAGAAGAAAGAGGACGAGCGGACCAGAGGAGACGGUGUGCAUGAAAGUCAGGAGAGAGUGAAGAGUGAGGUGAGAGAUGACCUGAUCCGAAACUCCCAGCCCAUCCUGGCAAAUAAAUCCCAGAUGCUCGGCAUGCCCCAGUUCGGCCUGCGGGAUAACCUCAUCAAAUGUGAGCUCCUCAAGAAAGAGGAUGCCUACACCUACAUCAAGAACUACAGAUUUUUCUUGGGCACCUACAAUGUGAAUGGCCAGAAUCCAAAGGAAAGUCUCAGUCCAUGGCUGGCAUCCACUGCCACUCCUCCAGACUUUUACCUCGUGGGUUUCCAGGAGCUGGAUCUGAGUAAGGAGGCGUUUCUCUUCAAUGACACUCCUAAAGAACCUGAGUGGAUGUUAGCCGUCUACAAGGGCCUCCAUCCAGAUGCCAAGUACGCUUUAGUGAAGCUGGUGCGAUUGGUGGGCAUCAUGCUGUUGUUCUAUGUGAAGGCGGAGCAUGCGGCACACAUCUCUGAGGUGGAGGCUGAGACUGUCGGCACAGGCGUCAUGGGGCGGAUGGGUAAUAAAGGUGCAGUAGCAAUCCGCUUCCAAUUUCACAACUCGGACAUCUGUGUGGUGAACUCCCACCUCGCCGCACACACGGAAGAGUUUGAAAGACGCAAUCAGGACUUCAAGGACAUUUGCCGCAGGAUGCAGUUCAGUCAGGAUGACCUCACACUACCACCCCUCACCAUCAUGAAACACAAUGUUGUGUUGUGGCUGGGAGAUCUAAACUACCGAAUAAGUGACCUUGAAGUUGAUCAUGUGAAGGACUUGAUAGCUAAAAAGGAUUUUGAGAGCUUGUAUAAUCACGACCAGCUGAAACGGCAGAUGGAUGAGGAGGUUGUGUUUGGGGGCUUCACAGAGGGAGAGAUUGAUUUCCAACCAACAUACAAAUACGACACUGGCUCAGAUCAGUGGGAUACAAGUGAGAAGUGCCGAGUUCCAGCAUGGUGUGACCGCAUCCUGUGGAGGGGAAAGAACAUUAAACAGCUUCAUUACCAGAGUCACAUGACCCUGAAGACCAGUGACCACAAACCCGUCAGCUCUCUGCUAGAGAUCGGGAUCAAGGUCGUGAACGAGGAGUCAUAUAAACGGACGUUCGAAGAGAUUGUGAGGCACAUUGACAGAAUGGAGAAUGAUUGUAUUCCUUCAGUGUCUCUGUCUCAAAGAGAGUUCCUCUUCCAGGAUGUGAAGUUCAUGCAGCAUCAGGCAAAGACUGUGACCGUUUAUAAUGAUGGACAGGUGCCGUGUCAGUUUGAGUUCAUUCCAAAGCUGGACGAGCCCACCUACUGCAAGCCCUGGCUAACGGCAAACCCUGCUAAAGGCUUCUUGGCUCAAGGUGCCAGUGUGGACAUCGACCUGGAGUUGUUUGUGAACCGCUCUACAGCCCCAGAUCUGAACUCAGGCCAGCAGCAGCUGGAGGACAUCCUGGUUCUGCAUCUGGAGAGGGGUAAAGAUUACUUCAUCUCCAUCACAGGCAACUACCUGCCCAGCUGCUUCGGCUCGUCUCUCAGUACCCUGUGCCUGCUGAGAGAACCCAUCCAGGACAUGCCCCUGGAGACCAUCAGAGAGCUGAGUAUGAAGUCGAAUAGCCAAGUGAGUAACCCAGAGACUGAUAAACCUCAAGAAAUCCCCAAGGAAAUAUGGAUGAUGGUGGACCAUCUCUUCCGUUAUGCAAAAAAACAGGAAGAGCUCUUUCAACAGCCCGGUCUACGCAGCGAGUUUGAGGAGAUUCGGGAUUGUUUGGACACGGUCGGCUUAGACACUCUCCCUGGCAGUAACCACUCUGUGGCUGAAGCCCUGCUCUUGUUCCUCGAUGCCCUUCCUGAACCAGUGAUUCCCUUCUCCUUCUACCCACAGUGCUUAGACUCCUGCUCAGACAGCAGCCAGUGUAGACAGAUCAUUUCUGUGCUACCUCAGUGCCAUAAAAACGUUUUUAACUAUUUGACGGCCUUUCUUCAAGAGCUCUUGAAGCACUCUGCACACAACCGGCUGGAUGUCAAUAUUUUAGCCCCGAUCUUUGCUGGCCUUUUGCUCAGGUCCCCCACAAAGCAAGAUCUCACAGAGAAAAGAAAGGUGAAGGAGUUUUUCCAGCAUUUCUUGGUCCAGACGCCCUCUGACAGAGAUAUUCACGAUAAAUUACCUGAAUAAUGUACUGCAUCGUGUUGCCUUUAUUAUUUCACAUGCCUAGUUUUUCCAGGUAUCAGCAGAAUUAUGUCGAUAAACUUUGUAGUUUGUAUUUAAUUCAAAGCAUCUUAAACAGAUAUUGAAGCUUUUUUUGUUUUAUUGCGAAACA